AUGAACUCCAAACGAGCUCGUUCGUCUCCUCAAGAGGCAGACUCGAAGAGCGAGACAACAACAAAAAAGAAGAAAAACACCAACUUGUGGACGAAAGAGGAGGAUGCGCUUCUUUUAGCAACAGUCGAGAUGUGUAAGAAAAACGAUUGGAAGUCUGUUGCUGAGAACAUCCCCAAUCGAUCCCGGAAACAAUGUCGAGAGAGGUACUUUAAUUAUUUAUUUGACUGUGGUCCUAAAAGUCCGUGGACGCCGGAAGAGGAUAGCAUCAUAUUAAAAAAGCAAAAAGAGGUAGGAAAUAAGUGGACAGAGAUAUCUCGACUCUUACCUGGGCGGUCCCCAAACUCGAUUAAAAAUAGGUUUUUCUCAUACUUGGCCAAGUCGAAAAAAAAGACUGCCUUUCAUGGUCAUAUUUUAGAAGCUCCUAUUAAUAAUAACUUUACUAUCGAAAACAAGACAAAUGAAAAAUUGCCAAGCGCGUUUUCUCCAGUCUUGGAUAAGACCGCUUUUUCUUUUUUGUAA